AUGUAACCCCAGGCGCAGAAGGGUUUGGUUAUGUGCCUCAGGGCUGUACAACUCUAGCGGCCUCAGCAUGCCUAUCUGAGACUUGUCUAGGUAGAAAAUGGGGAAACGUCCCACCCAUUAGGCACGCUAUAUGCUUAGGCAUAUUCGACUUCCUGAACCAGGGUUCUGCUUCACUGCCUUCGCCUCUAAGUUGUCCAUGGUGGAUAUUAUGAUUAUUAAGACCUUUUCAAAUAAUUGUUCAAAUGCGGUACGAUGACCUUCGCAUCUACCAGCGAUCCUCAUCCUGAAGUCCCCGAAUUUGUUGUAAUGACACUUGACGGGAGCCGACAUCCAGCGUUGAAUGGUGUAGCGGACUCUGGGGUUGUAUACCAUAGUGCUAGUAACCAAUUGCAGAAUGCACCAACUUACUCAUCAGAGGAAUAUAAGGAAUUCUACGGCGAGUGUACAGCACCUGCUAAUGAGUUAAUCGCCACGGCGAAUAAAUUUCUCAAGAAGCAAAACCAGCCGUUAAUAGAAUCAGGGGAUCUCACUAAUUGGGAGGAUGUCGAGAACUCGAUGGUGUCAGCAUGCAACACACUAGAUGCAUUAUCAAUCCAGGACCACAAUACCAAAGGAUUCACCGGGAAAAUAAAGUCGGCUUUCCGUGCUGUGUGCCAGAGGGCGGAGGUUGGUUUGACUUUUGUGUCUAUGGUUCCAGAUGAAGUCCCUUGUGGUGCCGUACUUUGCGGGGGACUAAAGGCGGUAUUCACAGCCUUACAACGGUCGCACGAUUAUCGCGAGGAAGUUUAUAAAGCUAUUGAGGACAUCCCAUAUAUCAUGAAGGACCAUGCGUUGCGAAUACAUAUUCAUAUUCAGGAUGAAGAAUUGCAUAGGCGGAAUGCAGGUUUAUAUGUGGCCCUCUUCCGCUUGAUACAACACAUCCUCGUGUGGUUCAUCAAGAACCGCGCCGUUACUGGCAUAAAACUGCUCGUCAGCCCUCAAAGCUUCACAGAGACUCUGAAGGGCCGACUAGCCGAUGUCAAGACGGCCGUUGGGCGAUUCGAGGCACAUGUACUGAAAAUCCGGAACCAGCGCAGCGAUAAGUCAAUUGAAGAACAACACUGGAUAGCCUACACAGUUGGGAAAACCCGCGAAGAAAUCGCUUUAAUUGGGGCCCGAUGUCAAGCGCUCGAGAAGUUCGCCCAGUUUCUUCAGCCAAUCCAUGAUGAAGCCAUGCGAAAGGGUGCGCGAAAGCUGCAUCGCUUAGAAAUGGGCUCAUAUGGAAACGCGCCUAACGUUGAGUCGCUGCGCAAGGAUUUGCUCUGCGAACUAGAUUAUGACGAAUAUCUCCUCUACGAUGACUGCGAGGCCCUCCUAAGUGUCCGUAAGGGCCUGGGAAACAGGCUAGAUGGAGAGCGGAUCUUGGAAUUCCAAAAUCACCCUCAACUACAAGCGUGGAUGUCUCUAGAUAGUUCGUCCCUUUUACUUGUAGACGGUGGUUGUGAGGUAUCGAGUAGUAGUGAGAUAUCAUACGUCGCUGCUCAAGUUAUGGAAUAUGGACUGCAACUUUCGAAGCAACCACAGAAUUCAAUCGACUCCGGCAGCACUGGUGUGACCAUGAUACCCCUUGCUUUCUUUUGCAGUCGACAUCGGAAUAGACGACGAGACAUCUUUGGAACCCCUGAAGGGCUCGCCAAAGCGUUAUUAUCGCAAUUGAUUGACCAGGUCCGCGCGUUUGGCGCCAAGGAACUCCAAGCUUGUCGGAGGGAUCUCAGCGCUGAUGACAUUGAAAGCCUCUGUAAGGAGUUCAGGAGGCUAAUUAAAAAACUACCCGCUAGUGUUAUUAUUGUGCUUGUGGUUGAGGGUAUCGAUAUACUCACGGGCGAGAAAACAAGGGAUGCGCUAAGGUACGUCGUACGGUCGCUGAUAGAUACCCAUGGUGGGAACUAUGCCGCGACUCUAAAGUUCCUCUUCACAUGUACGACCCUAUCGGAGCGCGUGGGAGGUCUUUUCGACGAGGGGGAUAUUCUUCGUAUUCCACGCUUGCUUCGCUCUCAAGGCUCGUAUCGUAGCCUCAUGUGGAAGGAUUCGGAGAGUUUAGGGGCCCUCGGGGGUGCCUGAAUGAUUUGUCUCGUUACAUGAUGAAUUAUCUCCGAACAUUCUCGUUAUUCCUAGGUUGACAAACGAUUUUAAG